CAGGGAGCACUCUGUUUCUUCUGACAGCAAAUCAGGAACGCCAAUGGACCAAAAUAAAGACAGUAACUCUGGAUCAUGUAUGAAGAGACGACAUGCCAGGAAAUCAGAGCUGAGAAUCAUUCUGGUGGGCAAAACAGGAACUGGCAAAAGUGCUACAGGGAACAGCAUCCUUGGGAAACAAGUAUUUGAGUCAAAGCUGAGUGCCCAGACCUUAACUAAGACUUGCAGUAAAAGUCAGGGAAGCUGGGGAGAGAGAGAGGUGGUCAUUAUCGACACUCCAGAUAUGUCUUCUGGGAAGGAGCACUCUGAAGCCCUGUACAAAGAGGUGCAUAAGUGCUACUUACUUUCUGCACCAGGACCCCAUGUGCUGCUACUGGUUACCCAGUUAAGCCGAUACACAGCUCAGGACCAGGAAGCUGCUCAGAGGAUAAAGGAAAUCUUUGGAAAGGAUGUUAUGGGACACACAAUUGUCCUCUUUACUCGCAAGGAAGACCUUGAAGGGGGCUCCUUGAUGGAUUACAUCCGUGAGUCAGAUAACAAAUCCCUAACCAAGCUGGUGGCAACAUGUGGGGGUCGAGUCUGUGCCUUUAAUAACCGUGCUGAAGAGAGUGAACGAGAUGACCAAGUGAAGGAGUUAAUGGAUUUAAUUGAGGGUCUGAUGAUAGAGAAAAGAGGUGAUCACUAUACCAAUGGUCUGUAUAACCUAAUACAAGGGUCAAAAUGUAGACCUGUGAAGUCAGAUGAAAUAUUAAAGGAUUUCAAAGAGAAUCUUAUAAAGCACAUGGAAAUACAGAGACAUUGCACAACCUUGGUCAAAGCAAAUUGUCUAAAAAGAGUCCUAAUCAAAACACAACAGUGUAUUUUAUUUUGUAUUCAGUUGUUUGUCAAAUUGUUAAUUCUGUUAUUUUAUGUGUUAUAUAACAUGUGCAAUUUUGUGUAUUGCUUCCUCUUUAGUAUAUGCAAUUUAUUCUUCAGCUUACUGUUUAUUGUACUAAAAAAGUUAAUGAUAAUUUUGAGAAAGAUUAUUAAACUAGAAUAUAGGACUCCUUGUUCAUAGUUUCAGCUUUCAGUAAUUAUUUACUCACUAUCAUUCAGUGGGUGAAUCACAGUGCCUUCCCUGUAAAAUGUACCUGGUGUCAUACUUGAGAUUCUGUAAAAUGUUAAAAUCUUAACAUAUCCCCCCAUUUAUUAAUGAACCAAAUUAUUCUAAAAGUUAGUUUGCAUUGAAAUAUGAUAUCAAAACAUAUCAAAAGCUGUAAGCAUAAAAUUAUUUUUAUUUGUAAAUCUAUAAAGUCAAUUUUAAGUUCUUGAAAAUUUAUUUUCUUCCUUAUAAUACUAUUAUAUCUACUGAAUGCAAUAAA